AUGUCCCGUACUGGCGGCCCGCUACUGCCCAGGUCUCCAUCGUCGCCGCAUGCCGAGAAGGGAUUAUUCUACGCGACUUCGAUCGGCAUUUAUGUUCGCUUCUAUCGCCUGGCGUUUGCCGUGGUGAACUUCCUCGCGGGCAAUAAGGGCGCUGGUAGAGAAUACGUUGUGAGGCUCAUAAAGACUAGAGUCGCAGAGGAGCAAGAGAAACGCAGAAAUUCCCUGCAAGAACUGCGCCGGGAGAUCGAAGAAUUCCGGGGCCGCGGGUUGUUAUCUGAUUCCUAUAGCUUUAAAGAGACGCAGCAAAUGCCGUAUCUCCAGGCUGUCAUCAAGGAAGCGUUACGAAUGCACCCAGCCACAGGUCUGCCGCUGGAACGAGUUGUGUCAGAAGGCGGUGCGACCAUAUGUAAUCACUUCUUCCCGGCGGGUACAAUUGUUGGCAUCAACUCCUGGGUUGCGUAUAGAAACACGUAA